GUCAGCGGUGUAAAGGCUAUCACAUUUUUGUAUCAUGUCCAUGUGCCUAACCUAGUCAAGACUAUUAAUUGAAAUGUUUGUAAAUAAGUAAUACGUCUGUGUCAAUUGUAUUACAUAGUUUCUAUAUAUAAAUACACAACGAAUAAUUUUUUCUAAUUUUGUUCAUUAAUUGAGCAUAAUGUGUUCAACUAGAGAAAAUCUUCGAUUGAGUCUCGAAUUUGGGGGUGGUGCUGAAUUUUUAUUCGAUAAUAAAAAGAAACAUGUAAUCGACUUACCAGGUGAUGACUGGACUUUAAAACGUUUACUAACAUGGAUCAAAGAUAAUCUCUUGAAGGAAAGAACGGAACUUUUCAUGCAGAAUGAUACAGUAAGGCCGGGAAUUUUGGUACUUGUAAAUGAUGCUGAUUGGGAAUUAUUGGGUCAGGGUGAAUAUAAACUUCAACAGAAUGACACUGUUCUUUUCAUAUCGACGCUACAUGGAGGUUAAUAUUUCUAUAUAAUUAAAAAAAAUAUAGACAAUUAAUUAAGUUUAUACUGCGCUUUAAGACUCGAGUUUAUAUACGAUGGGUAAAAGUAGAGACAUAUUUUGCAGCAGGGUCUUUUAUUAUUUUAUAUAUACAUAUAUAGGGACUUCCGCCAAGUUGACAUUUUUACAUUUACCAUUUAUUGAAAUAUUUUGUUAUUAAAAAAGUAAUAUAGUUAGAUUUAUCUUAGAAUAUAAUAUCUCUUUAUUUUUUUCAAGAAACAGUACAAUUAUAUCGUCGUAUAAAAAUCCAUUCCAAGUUUUCAUAUUGUCCUCGAUUUAAUUUAUUCAAUAACUUCAUUCAUCUUUGAGACGAGGCAGGAGUAAAUAAAGCAAACAAUUUACAAUUUUUAAUAAA